CCAUAGCCUACUGUUGCCUUGUUUGGUGAAGAAGGGAAUUCAAGAUGCAGUUCCUAAUUUCAUCCUUUUUCACGGCAUUCUUUUUUGAAAUGAGCUAUGGUGCAGAUUGGUGCUACCAAAGUCAAUCACCGUGUGAGACGCAUUGUAAGGGACCCCUUGAGUGGCAUGAUGUUAAUGCAGAGUGUGGACGCUCAAGGCAGUCUCCCAUUAACAUUGUGUCCAAGAAGACCCUGCCUGAUGACCGCCUCACACCCUUCAAGUUCACGGGCUACGAGCACGCCUUCAAACCCACAAUCAAAAACAAUGGCCACUCUGUAAAGGUGGAGAUCAAGCAUGGGGCAACUGUGAGUGGAGGAGACUUGGAUGGGGUCUACAAGGCUGUCCAGUUCCACUUGCACUGGGGCAAGAAUGGCGGGCCAGGGUCCGAGCACACAGUGGAUGGGGAGCAGUACCCUAUGGAGUUGCAUAUUGUUCACAUGAAGGACAAAUACAGUAAUCUUGGUGAUGCGCUGAAGGACCCCAGUGGUGUAGCCGUUCUUGGCUUCUUCUACGAGCCAUCAACAGCGGUCAAUAGAAAUUAUGAUACUUUCAUAUCAACUCUGGGAAACGUCAUAAAUAAUGAUGCCGUAGCAGAAUUCCCACGUUCCGUUUCCCUACACCAGCUCAUCCUGAGCGAGAGCAACAUGACCAACUACUACCGCUACCUGGGCUCCCUCACCACCCCGGGCUGCACUGAGGCGGUGGUCUGGACUGUGUUUGAGCACGCCAUCCCCCUCGCCAAGAGCCAGCUCAGCGAGUUCUCCAGACUAAAGUUCGCGGACGGGAAGAGCAUGGUCGACACAUUCCGGCCGGUGCAGCCACUCAACGGCCGGCAGGUGUACCGAUCGGGCAGCGUCACCGUCCUCUCUAGCGCCGCCCUGUUGGUGGGUGCGCUGUUCACGGCCCUCCGCCUGUCUCACCCCAACUAAGGGGGGUGGGGUUGAGGUUCCAACCGGGGCGCACCGUAUCCACGCAUGAACACAAUGAGUUCUUACCGAGUCUCCCAAACCAAGUAACCAAAUCCAGUGAAGCAAUCAAAAAAAACUACAACGCCCACCACCACCACCUCCCCCCUCUCUGAGAAUCAGCUCACCUCCACGUUCCUAAGUGAUUUGCGAGCCAUAGGCCCCUUGCAGAUU